ACCAGGUACAUAUGCAUAGAGUGUUUUGUUAGGCUUAACUUUGGCUUUGAAAUCUGGCCAAACACCACGUAACUUAGCAAAUCCUUCAUGAACAAAAUGAAUACAAUUAACUUAUACUCCCUCCGUAAAGAAAAAUAAGAGCAUUUAGAUAGGAAUAUAUGUAUAUAUGUAUGUGCAACCCUUAAAUCAUGUUCCCAAAAUGCACUAAAAUGCUACAUCUUUAAAUAUUUGUCUUCUUAGAUAUUUCAAAUGGACUACCACAUACAGAUGUAUAUAGGCAUAUUUUAGAGCGUAGAUUCACUUAUUUUGCUUUGUAUGUAGUCACUUAUUGAAAUCUUUAGAAAGACAAAUAUUUAAGAACAGAGGGAGUAUUUGUAAGUCACCAUCAGACCUAAGCAUCUAGAUUCAUAUACAUACAAGUACAAGUAUAAAGGAGAUGAGAUGACCUUUAUCGAUGACUAUCAAUAUCGACUAAAAGUAAGUAUUUCCAACUAUAAGCUAUAAAGUCCAUCUUAGAUAGUUGGAACGUUCUGUUUGCUUCUUAAGCUAAUGAGCUAACAAUGGUGGCGUUCUGUCGACACCUGCUGACAAUUCUUGACCACUCCACCGCGAUAUACACUUCGAUCGCAUGCACAGCGUUACAUUGCUUAGAACGAAAUCGCAGAUCAUUACCACUGACAUGCAUCCACCCACCUCUCACCAACUGCAGAUGCCAACGGCGCCGACGCCCCGCCUCAGACCGAAGCGGGCCACGGCGCCCCUCGAUGCGGCCGCGAGAGCCCGCCUCGCCGCUCUCCCCAGAAGCGACGACAGCAGCGGCAGCGAGCACCAGGCGGCCGCACUCUCCAGCCUCGUCAACGAUUACCUCCUCGAGACGGACACGACAGUCCCGUCGGCCACCCUCGCGGUGGAAGGCUCCUCUGGUCUGGAUGACGAGCCUAACGGCCACACCAGCUCAACGGCGGCGGCCGACAUACUUGCGGAGAUCAAGGACAAUCUUGACCCGACCGGUAGCAGUGCUGACGAGCUACGCCGCCGGCUCGUCUUUGCCGUGGCGGAUGCCAUGCGCGGGUUGGAUGAUCUGCGGCCGAACCAGUCGGCUUUCCGGCGCGCCGUGAUGUCCCGCCUGCGCGAGCGUGGCCACGACGCCGGCCUGUGCAAGGUGCGUUGGGACAAGUCGAGUGGCGUGACCGCCGGGAGCUACGAAUACAUCGACGUCAUCGCUGGCGGGGGUGAAACAAGGUACAUCGUGGAUGUCGGCUUCGCGGCGGAGUUUGAGGUCGCACGGUCGACCGAGGAGUACGAGGCAGUUCGGACGGCACUACCGGAAGUGCUGAUCGCGCGCCCGGAGCACCUCAGGCAGGUUGUGAAGCUUGCAGCGUCCGCAUCACGGCGCUCGCUCAAGAGCAGCGGCCUCAGUGUGCCGCCCUGGAGGAAGAGGCGGUUCAUGAUGACCAAAUGGCUAGGGCCCUACAAGCGGACGGUUAACUCUAUUCCGGCAUCAGCGGGUACGGCAUUAGGCGGCAGUGGUGUGGUGGCCGUCUGCCGGACCAUAGUUGGCUUCGCCCCUCAGACUACAGUGGGGACGUCGUCAGGCUUUUGGGGGUGAGGUGUGGUUGGGAUUUAGAAGAUUGCUAUGUAAAGUUUGGAGAUUGCAUGGCCUUCCGUUGUCUUUCUAGAGAAUUCAACUAAAUACUCCCUCUGUUCCUAAAUAUAAGUCUUUUUAGAGAUUCCAUCAAA